UACCCAAUCGGUAGGUAGAUUAUCUUUAUCCAUCAGGUACAUCCUUUUGGCCUAUAAAAGCCUUACCCUAAAUGCCAAUGGACAUCAGUUCCUUGCCAGCCAGCAAUCAUGAAGUACCACCGUGUGAUGAACAAACGAAAGACCAACCAGACCCCAUCGCCAGCCAGGGAAUCCGAAGUGAAUAUCCACAAACAGGAUUUUGAUGGCCGCAUCUCGUAUGGUGCUUUGGAAAUGGAGGCUGCUGCCGCUCUGCUCAUGUUGCGCUAUCAGUACGAUAGGCAGUCGGUGCCAAUGCCCUCCACCUCUGUAACACGUUCGCCCACACCGCCGCAGCAUAUCGCCGACAAAUUGACGCCCAAGGAUCAGGCUGUGCGCACUCCCGACUCUGCUCAGCCUAUCAAGAAGCGUUCGAUUCCCAACCAUCUGCUGAGACGCUCUUUGACUCCAGCCAAAUCUACUACCAAUGCAGGAGGAUCAUCAUCGAUAGUGAAAGCCAAAUCCCGAUUGACGCCUGUGCCCCGCCGUAGUGAAAAUGACUGCAACAAAGUUCUGCUCAAGUCCUGCCGCAAUAUGAUACGCGAGUUUUUGGACAAUCAGGAACUUAUCUAGGGAGGAGAGGACGAUGAUGAUCCAUAGGAUCUUCCAGUGUGUAUAUCAUUUUUCAUUUAUUUAUUACAUAUAAAUUUGUUUCCGUUUUCUUGAAUAUUUUUUUAAUACAUAUAAAUUGUAUAUGUACCUAUUGAUCGAAAGAUAUACUAGGUAAAGGUUUUUGCAAAUGGAAGAACAGGUAUUGUGGCGACACUAGAGUGCUAAUUAUUAGCUAUUGGCGGUGUUUAAACUUAAUGCGUAAGCGAAAAAACAGAUAAAAAAUAUAUAUAUAUAUCGUAUGUACGAAAAUUAGAUGUACUAUAA